UUACACCCCUGCAUGCUCAAGGACGCAACCCUGUGCGUUCUCGUUCAAUCGCUCUUCCCCUGGAAACACAGAGACGUUCCUGCUCCCUCCUUUCACUCUCACUGCCCUGCAGAACACUCUCCACCCGCCUUCGCUGGCCUGAGGUAGGGGGUGUGCAUGGGUGUAUGUGGGUGAGAUAAACCAGUGGUUCUCAGCCAGGGGUACGUGUGUCCCGGGGGUACGCAGGGGUCUUCCAGCCGGGACAUCGACUCAUCUAGAGAUUUGCCUAGUUUUACAACAAGCCACGUGAACAGCACGAGCGAAGUCAGCACAAACUAAACUUCCAUACAGACCCUGACGGGUUUAUACUGCUCUAUAGAUGAUAAACUGAAACAGUGCCUGGGCCGUGCGGCCCCAUGGCCCCGUACCGCAUCCGGCAGUACGAGGACGGUGACUACGAGGCGGUGCGCACCAUGUUCAGCCAUGGGAUUAGGGAGCACGCUCCUGCUGGCUACAUCCACAUGAUGAAGCAUCCCCAGACCCAGCUGCUCUUCCUGGGCCUGUUCCUGGCCGUGCUCGCAGGCUCCGGGUCCCUCCUGGUCUCCCUCCUGGCUCUCCUGCUCACUCUCAUCGGGGGCUGGUUUUGCAUCUGGUCUCUCUGGACCGACUACGUCCAGCAGUCUCUUCGCAACGACCUACUGGACAUCCGGAGAACCUACCUGGAGGCAGCAGACACUUGUCUCUGGGUGGCAGAGGCUGAGGGGGUGGUGGUGGGCAUGGUGGCGGCCGUCCUGCCGGAGGACCCCUCGGAAAGGGGCCGCGCCCUGGAACUGAAGCGCAUAUCCGUGGGGAGGGAGCACCGGGGCCGGGGCAUUGGCAGGGCGCUCGGCAGGACGGUCAUCCGCUUCGCCCAGGAACGCGGGUACAGUGCGGUCGUGCUGUCCACCUCCAUAGUUCAGUACUCAGCCCUGCAGCUGUACGAGAGCUUGGGCUUCCAGAGGGUCUCGGAGAGUUUCCCAUCCCGCCUCGCCAGCUUCCUGCAGUUCUCCGUGUUCUGUUACCGAUACGAGAUUCCAGGAUCUCGCUGAAGGCUCAGGGGUGGCGAUUCUUCACCUGCCCACUCAGCCGCUGGGAGCUUUGCCUGGCUUGUUAAUUAACUCCCAGCAAGUUGCUACUUUUUGCCUUUUUGGUUAAAAAAUAAACUGCGCUUGGAGGAAAAGUCUCGCUCGCAGACACUGUUCUGAUGCUGGCUUGGGAUUAUUGUUCCCCCAGGGCCAGGGGCUCCCCCUUCCCCACAGCCACCUGGGUCCCCUGGAUCUGACCUUCACCCCUGGAGCUGAGCUGGCCAGGAUCAGACUCACCCCCAUUUGCUCAGUGGUUUCUAGAUGAUCCCUGACCCCUAAAGAACCAGGUGACCCUGGCAAGGAAACCUCCAUGAAGGUUCAUUUGAAUUUUCACCCACUCUCCUUUGACAGGUUCGUGUCUCAUUCCUG